AUGCCGCCGCUUCCGACCUUCAGGGUUUUGUCCAAGGUAGAUCUGAAGAUAGCGACUCGCAACUUCAGGAGCGAUGAGAGGUUUGGCGAGGAGGGUCCGAGCGGCAUCACUUACAAGGGGAAACUGGGAGAGACGGCUAUCGCGGUCAAGGUGGCCAGCGGCUCAGGCACGGGGAUCGACAAAGAUCCAACCGCGCGCGACUUUAUGAAAACCCUGAUCCUGAAGCAGCCCCCCAGCCACCCGAACGUGGUGCCAAUCAUGGGAAUAUCGCUGGACGGGGGACAGUGCGUGAUGUCCGCGCUCGCGCCGGGCGGAACGCUCGAGUCGCGGCUCACGCAGCUGAACUGGUUUCAGAGGCUGAAGGUAGCGCAGGGUGCGUUCACCGGACUCGCGGCGUUGCACAAGGCGGGAGUGGUCCACGGAAACCUGAAGACCACGAACGUCUUCGUGGCUCCCGACGGCCUGGACGGGCUGGUGGGCGACUACGCGGCGGGGCGAAGGCCGGAUUUCGAGAAGAUGGCGCCGAGUGUGCUCAACUACUACGAUCCAGAGUUCGUCAAGGGCAACGAAGCGACGAACGAAUCCGACGUGUACUCGCUCGGCAUCGUCCUCCUCGAGCUUCUGGCGUCCCAGAAGGACGGGGAGGUUCCCGCGGUCCAGAACGGGGGCGAUCGCGGAGGCGGACCCCUGGACGAGUUCGCAGAUGCCGCCGCUUCGGGAGGCUGGCCGGAGGACGUGGCGAGAGAGGUCAUCGAGCUCGCGGCGGCGUGCGUGAGACCCAACGCCAGGCGGAGGAAGAGCGCGGAUAUCAUCGCCAGGGCGCUGAAGCAGAUUGCCCAGGACGAGGUGGACGAGGCUGGAAACGUGGUGACGCUGAUGCGGCUUGCAGACAAGGCGUGCGGCACAGCGAGGGAUCAAUCCGCCAAUCUGCCAAGGUUCGACAAGAUGCGCGCGAGGGAGAGGGCGCAAUUCGAGUUCGCGGCGCUUAAGCUUCAGGCUAGGUGGAGGGGAAGGGUCGCGAGAAGACGGUUCGAGAAGCUCAAGAGAUCAGGAGCUUCGUCGCAAGUUGUCUCCGACGAGAGCCUGGACGCAAUGUUCACCCCCGAGGAGGUCAAGGCUGCCGUGUUCAUCCAGACCAGGUGGCGAGGCAUAAUGGCGAGGAAAAAAACCCGCAAGCUGAUUGCGCAAAAGAAGGGUGUCGCCCUUCAGGAAGAAGAUGCCAGCACCGCCCUGACCAGGAAACAGCUCAACGAGAUGGCCCUGGCGGAGCAAGAGGCGGAGGAGCGCGAGAUUUUGCACGCGGAGAUUUUCGGCCGCAUAGCCGCCAUGCUCGCGGAUGGUGACCUGGAGGUUCAGAGGGUGGGUGCCACCGCUCUCGCGAUUUAUACCGACAGGGACGAGUCGCCCGAUCCGACGGAGGCGGCGAAUUGCGCUGUCAACGCCGGGGUUCUCGGACCCCUUGUGCAUGUGUUCACCUCCAGGAACCAGGUUGCGGUGAUGGAAUCCGCGAGGGCGCUGGAGAACAUCACCGUGGAGUUACCCGCGGAACAGAAUCGCGCGUUGCGUGCAGGAGCGCUGGAGGCGUGCCUCAGGCUCAUCGCGGAUAGCUCUCACCCGGUCACCCUCAGAGCGAGCGGUGCGAGGGCGCUCAGGGGUCUGUUGCUCCAGAACCCACCCGCGUGUCGACGAGCCGUAGAGAAGGGUGCGCUCGACGCCCUCACCGCGCUGAUGCAGGUCAAAGACCCAGAGGCCCAGAGCUCGUCAUCCGCGGCGCUCGCGGGCCUCGCGGAUGCUGACAGCGAGAUCCUUCAGAAACUUGGGGUCGAGCGGCUCGUGGGCAUGGCGGUGAGAGCGCGGGAUGCGCCAAUGCGCGCGGCGACAAUCGCGUUUGUUAGCAAGCUCGCGAGAGACAGCGACACGCACGAGGAGAUCAUAGCGGCCGGAGGAUUAGAGCUACUGAUCGGUAUGAUCCUGCGCCUGAACGAGGAGGCGGUUUGGGGUUUGGCGUCGAUGUCUUCGGUCGAAGAUAACUGGGCGCAGAUCGCCGAGGUGAUGACUGUGGACGCGUUCGGAGCGCUCAAGGAUCUCAUCGAGUUGGGCGGCGACUAUGGAAAGGAGGGGGCGGCUUGGGCGUGCUGCUACCUCGCAGGACAUCCGAGUCUGCAGGUGAUGAUGAUCAAGGCAAAUGUCCUAUUGCCUCUGGUAGGUUUGGUGAAGUCUGGGUCCAGGCGCGUGAAAAAAGCGGCUGAACGUGCCCUCAAGGCUCUAGCAUCGUGA